CAUCGGGCCCCCCUGGCCCACACUCACCCCCAACUGAGGCCUUCAGCUUUGGGACACAGGGUCAGGGUCACUCGGGGAGGGGCAAAAGGCAGACACCCCUGCCCCCCUCCCUCUACUUCCCCACUCCUUCGCCGCCUCCAGCGUCUCACCAGCUGGAAGCGCGGACUAACCGCGGCCGGAAUCGAAGGCGAGGGGAGGUCGGCCGCAACUUCCCCAGUCCACCUUAAGAAGACGAUGCAGCCAGCUCCGGCGCUGACCUUAGGAAAACAAGUUUGCGCAAAGUAGAGCGGGGACCCGGGCCUCUGGGCAGCCCCCGGCCGCGCCUCCAGUGCCUUCCAGCCCCCACGGGCGGCGCAGCCGCGGCCCAUGGAGCCCGCCGGCCCGGCCCCCGGCCGCCUCGGGCCGCUACUCUGCCUGCUGCUCGCCGCGUCUUGCGCCUGGUCAGGAGCAUCAGGAGAGGAGGAGCUGCGGGUGACUCAGCCUGAGCCAUCAGUGUCGGUCGCGGCUGGAGAGGCGGCCACUCUGCGCUGCACCGUGACCUCCCUGCUCCCCGUGGGGCCCAUCCUGUGGUUCAGGGGGGAAGGGCCAGGCCGGGAGCUGAUCUUCAGUUUCAAAGAUGGACAAGAAGUCCACUUCCCCCGGGUAACGCGUAUUGGAAGCACCACAGAGAGAGACAACAGGGACUUUUCCAUCCUCAUCAGAAACGUCACCACAGCAGACGCCGGCACUUACUACUGUGUCAAGUUCCGGAAAGGGACUCCUGAUGUGGAGUUUAAGUCUGGGACAGGCACCGAGCUGUCCGUGCGUGCCAAACCCUCGGCCCCCAAUGUAACGGGCCCUGCGGCGAGGGCCACACCUGGGCAGACAGUGAGCUUCACCUGUGAGUCCCACGGCUUCUCUCCUCGAAACAUCACGCUGAAAUGGUUCAAAAACGGGAAUGAGCUCUCAGACUUCCAGACCAACGUGGAGCCCACAGGAGAAAGCAUCUCCUACAACAUCUCCAGCACAGCCCAGGUGGUGCUGGCCCCCGGGGAUGUUCGCUCUCAGGUCAUCUGUGAGGUGGCCCACAUCACCUUGCAGGGCGGCCCUCCUCUCCGUGGGACUGCCAGCUUGUCUGAGACCAUCCGAGUUCCGCCCACCUUGGAGGUUACCCAGCUCCCCAUGAUAGGAGGGAACCAGGUAAACAUCACCUGCCAGGUGGGGAAGUUCUACCCCCAGAGACUAAACCUGACCUGGCUGGAGAAUGGAAACGUGUCCCGAACAGAAUCGGCCUCGACCCUCCUGGAGAACAAGGAUGGCACCUAUAACUGGACGAGCUGGCUCCUGGUGAACUCUUCCGCCCACAGGGAGGAUGUGGUGCUCACCUGCCAGGUGCAGCAUGACGGGCAGCCAGCGGUCAGCAGAAGCCACACCCUGGAGGUGUCUGCCCAGCAGAAGGAGCAGGGCACAGAUGCCGCCCCUGGUGAGGCCUCCCCUCCAGGCAAAUCUCCAAAUAACAGCUGGAGCAUCUAUAUUGUGGUGGGCGUCAUGUGUGCCUUGCUGGUGACCCUGCUGAUUGCUGUCCUCUACUUCCUCCGAGCCAGACAGAAGAAAGCCAAGGGUUCCACUUCUUCUACAAGAUUGCAUGAGCCCGAGAAGAAUGCCAGAGAAAUAACCCAGGUCCAGGACACAAAUGACAUCACAUAUGCAGACCUGAACCUGCCCAAGGGGAAGAAGCCUGCCCCCCGGGCUGCCGAGCCCAACAACCACACAGAGUACGCCAGCAUCCGGAGCGGCCCGCCACCCGUGACGGAGGACACCCUCACCUAUGCCGACCUGGACAUGGUGCACCUCAACCGGACCCCGAAGCAGCCGGCCCCUAAGCCCGAUCCGUCCUUCUCCGAGUAUGCCAGCGUCCAGGUCCAGAGGAAGUGAAUGGGACCAUGGUCGGCUCUGGGCCUGUCCCCACAAGGUUUCUUGUCCCACAUGGAGCAGCCGUGAUAAGGACAGCCAGCUCAGUUCCAGAGGGCCAGGAUGGCACAGGCCCUGGGACCCAGGGGAGAGGGUGUCUCUCAUCUCCCCACCUACCUUGGCUCUCCAGCGCUUCUAGGGUGGCCAGAGCCCUCCUCGUUGCCACAUAUCUUGAGGCUGAUUUUGCCAGGCCAGCCGUGGAACCCACCUAGGAACUGGUGGAGUCCAGGUACUCUCGUUCCUCUGUCCAGCAAUGGUGGGUCUUGUCACGGUCUUGGAGACCCUCAACCGCCUCCUUGAUGCUCCAAAGCCUGAUCUUCCAAGGGGAGGAGGAGAAAAUCCCACCUCCUCCCACCACCCCCACUGCCGCCACCCAACUGGGAAAAUAUUCACUAUAGGUUAGACUGGCUCAUCCAUGGAGAAGCUAGAAAAAAAACUCUGGGACCCACAUUCCAAGACUUGGUGAGGUUGCUGCCAACAGUCCUGGUCUCCCCACCCUGGGCUGACAAACCCUGGUAGAGAAGGGGACCCUCCAAGGAACACCCCCUGAAGGACCUCAAGACAAAACCCUCCUCUUCCUUGGGCCCCUCUGCGACUCCUUGGGGGCCCGUCGUCCCUACUGUGAUGCUCCCAGGGGACCCGCCUCUCCUUUCUAGACCCGCGCUUGCUUUCUCCAGCUAGCACUAACUCAGCACCAUCUUGCUGUGGACGCCUGUAAAUUAUUGAGAAAUGUGAAACGUGCAAUCUUGAAACUGAGGUGUUCGAAAACUUGA